GCUAGUUCAGCAAUUCCUCCCAGUCUUCCACCCAAGAAAUUGAUCACUCAGGGACACUUUGUGCGAGAAAUGGACAGAGAUGAACCGAUGAAAUUUCUUGGUGAAGAAGAUUUUCUCCUGGGCUCUUCCCAUCCUCCUCCUCCUCCUCCUCCUCCUUUCCUGGGCUCUUCCCAUCCUCCUCCUCCUCCUCCUCCUCCUCCUCCUUUCCUGGGCUCUUCCCAUCCUCCUCCUCCUCCUCCUCCUUCCCUGGGCUCUUCCCAUCCUCCUCCUCCUCCUCCUCCUCCUCCUCCUUUCCUGGGCUCUUCCCAUCCUCUUCCUCCUCCUCCUCCUCCUCCCGCUCCCCGUCGGGGCAAAUCCUUAUUUUCCCAACUCCAACAAAUAGGAACUCCACAUCCACCUCCCCCUCUUGAGCUUUCUCCUCCUCCUCCUCCUCUUCCUCCUGGAUUGUUUAUCAGUGGGAGUGCAUCCACCCAUAUGUCACACACUGACAUAAUGGAUUUUCCCCCUGAGCCUAUGGAACACACAUCUGCACUUGACGCAAGCCUCGUAGGAUUUGGAGGGGGAUUCUGUUCCACAAAACGUACAAAAGGAACGAGAAGAAGGAAGGCUGAUGAGCUGCCCUCCUUGAGGAGCAUGUCCACUGUUCCUGAAAACCAGACGUUCAAAUGGAUGAAGAUUUUCCAAAGGCAGCAUUCAGAGGGCUACUGGGAGUUAACCUCAGAACUGGGGCAAUUGAUGAAUGUCAACCUAGACUUGUUUGCCAACGUGUUCCUGAAAAACAAGGGCAUCCAGUCUCUAGGUUUGAAAGCCCAUGCUGACAUCCUGAGGCUGGUGGCGACCCUUCUCGUUCUGCAGCUGAUGAGGGUGGAGAAGCUGGAGGAAGGAAAACUGCUCCGCACGCUUUUCCGCCUGAACGACUCCUCACAGCCCAGGCCUGAGCGGUGGGAGGAAGUGAAGAGGGCAGUGGACUGGGUUCGCUGGGCCGACUGGCAGUACCCAUGCGUCUACAGCCGGCUGGAGUUUGGUUCGAGUUGGGAAUCCUGCACUCGUCAGCUGCUGGGCUAUGAAGGCCUCCCUCCCUUCUCACCUCUCAGUGGUCUGAAACUGCAGCAGACCCCAGGGCCUCUGCUAGUCCACUGAGCAGACCAAUAAUACAUGAGGAGAGGAUAGUGUCAAAGAAAUUCACAGCAGUUUGCCUUUUUGAGCAGAUGAGAUAAUCUUUUAGAUUUAUUUGUACAUGCAUGUACAUUUCUUUGCCUUAUGCGGAGUAUUUUGAACUAUCUCUGUCAGUGUGUUUACAUGCACAUACGUCAGGUGGAUACAGUCGGUUUUGUGCAGUUUGUGCACAAUUUCUGAAACAAGCAACCUGUUUUCCUUAGUAUUGGGUAUUUGUUUCUCCAACUACAUUUUAUAGAUGAUUACAUUUCUAACUGUUUUUUUAAAUAGAUGAAUAUACAUAAUAUAGCUUUCUGUGAAUGUUCACAUAACAGUAGUUAUGGAAACACUUCACAGAUUUUCUGGAAAUUCACUUAUUAAAUGUAUGCUACCGUUGGAUGGAAGCCUGGCUUGUGGCAGGAUGGAGAGAAGGAUCAUGCUAAGUAGCAGUGUGUUGCUGGUGUUUAUUGAUGGGUUACAGCCCUGUCCUGUAAACUCUUUACAUUGUGUUAUGCUUUCAUUAUUAUGGUGUAGUCUUUUCUGUUUAAUUAGAGCUGAAUAAUGCAGCACCGUCACCCAUAAACUGAUGAGCUGAUUUCCCUCCUUGUUUUACCUUUAUUCUUCAUCCUCAACUGGUCCUCCCCAUCCUCCUCGCCAGCCACCAAUCUCAAGCUUGCACACGCAGUGCAAACACCUGGGUUGGCUGUGAUUUGAUUUGCGCAGCCUCCUUGAUGUGGUGUUAACUCAGUUAUCCUGUGAUAGUUAACCCUGCUGUUAGCUUCAAUCUGUGUGAAAUUUGAUGGUUAACUGGCUGAGGGUUAGGGAAAAACCUAAAUUUAAUUGCCCAUGCUCAUGCCCCACACAUAGUAGCCUGUCUGUCCAGUGGGUGGGGCUGGGUAUCGGUUCUCAAUACUUUUUAAGGUAUCAAUGGAAAUAAAUUGAUACCAUGUAGUAUCAAAAUGUCUCCUGUCAAACAAUACCUGCAAUCGAUCCUUUUUACACCCAGAGCUAGAAAAUGA